ACCGAUUUCAUCCCAUCGUGUAUUCCCACUUCGCUGCUCUAUUGCCGAUACGAUUACCGCGGACAACCCGCUCCAACUUCUUCCCGAACCUGACGCUUAGUCGCCGACUGCGCCGCACACAGCGGCUCGCUGCCCGCACGCAUUUAAGAUGGUGAUCUAGCUCCGCGGACAGUUGCAUCAGUUCCUGUGUGUGCGCGUACAUGGCCGUGCCGCGGCCGCUCCACGCUACUUUUUAAUUCCCAGGACGCAGAAUAGUAAUAAAUCCUCCUCGGCAAGGAAAGGCUGCGAUCAUAAUAAAGACGUCACUCCGCCGCUCGCGUCGCCUCAACCGGACCAAGUGCGCAGCUAUUUGUGAGCUACAACAACAACAACAACCUCCAGCACCAUGCCCGUGGAUAACGCAGGGAUUUCUCAGAGAUCCCCUCGUCGUGUGGAGACGAUAUCUGCGUCAGACCCGAAAACAGCCUUUAAUUGUUCCGGAUCUUUCUACUAAAAAAGAAAGAGGAAAAAAAAAAAAGAAAAAGACAGAGGGACUUGGUCGCGCUGCAGCCUCUUGUCGCAACAAAGAGGACGCGAGACGUGGAAUUGAAGAAUCAUGGAGGAAACGGCUCCUGCAGCUCCACCUCCACCUCCACCUCCACCUCCAGCCCCGUCUCCGGCUCCCAGCGCUGGCGUCGCCCCACUGCCUCCGAGGCCUCAGCCUCCCUUCUUCAUCCCCUCCCGCAGCCUGCUGGAGUGGAGACGGAGGGUCAAGUCCGAGUACAUGCGCCUUCGCCAAUUAAAACGCCUUAAAAAAGCCGAGGAGGUUAAGACCUUGUUUAUGUCCAACAGACAAAAGAUUGAGAAGCAAACGAGUCUCCUCAACGCCGAGUGGUCCAAGCUGAGGAUCCAGUCCAUCCCUCUGUCAACAUCUGCUGGAGCUCUGGCCAAUAAGAAGACGUGCACGGUGGAGUUCGGCUUUCCGGGGUUCAAGGCUCAAGCCGUGGCCUCGAGGUCGCUGCCGACGGUGGCAGGAAUCCCCUUCAUGUACUCAUGGUCACCUCUGCAGCACAACUUCAUGGUGGAGGAUGAGACGUUCCUUCACAACAUACCCUACAUGGGUGACGAGGUGCUGGAACAGGACGAGGCCUUUUUAGAGGAGCUCAUUGACAACUAUGACGGUGUCCAUGGGGACAGAGAGGGGGGCUUCAUCAGUGACGAGAUCUUCAAAGAGCUGGUGGAGGCCCUGAGUCAGUACUCUGACCACGAGGAGGAGGAGGAGGAGGAAGCCGCGACCCCGGCGGAGCCGGCGGCGAAGAAGGACGAGGAGCGGGCGAUGCGGAGGAGCUCGGCGGAGGGUUCGGAGGAGUCCAAAGCGGGCGCCGUGGCGUUCGUGAGGAGGAAGAGGAGGAGCACAACGGAGGUGCGGGACUCGUCCGGCAGCAAGAAGAUCCCCAACGAUAAGAUCUUCACAGCCAUCGCCUCGAUGUUCCCCUACAAGGGCACCAUGGAGGAGCUCAAGGAAAAGUACAAGGACCUGCUGGAGCCCUCCAGCCCGGUGAAGCUGCCCCCCCUGUGCACCCCCAACCUGGACGGGCCCUUCGCCAAGUCCGUGCAGCGGGAGCAGUCGCUGCACUCCUUCCACACGCUCUUCUGCCGCCGCUGCUUCAAAUACGACUGCUUCCUCCACCCCUUUCACGCCACGCCCAACGUUUACAAGAGGAAGAGCAAGGAGAUCCGCAUGGAGGCCGAGCCGUGCGGCGUCGACUGCUUCCUGCUGCAGAAAGGGGCGAAGGAGUUCGUCUAUCAGAACAUGUUACGGUCGCAGAGGUCCCGGGGGCGGCGGAGGCAGCAGCGUCCCACCAGCUCCAGCUGUGCUGGACCAUCUGGCUCUGCUGAGGAAGGGAAGGAGGACGACAGUGACCGCGAGACCACCUCCUCCUCAGAGGGGAACUCGCGGUGCCAGACGCCCACCAAGCCGCGUCCUGGGGACGACGAGCGGGAGCAGCCGGCGUGCUGCGUGGUCCAGUGGAGCGGGGCCGAGGAGUCGCUCUUCAGGGUGCUGCACGGCACCUACUUCAACAACUUCUGCUCCAUCGCCCGUCUCAUCGGCACCAAGAACUGCAAAGAGGUGUACGAGUUCGCCGUGAAGGAGGUUCUGAUUCAUCGAGUCCCUUUGGAGGACGGCGGCAUCUCGCCCCAGAAGAAGAAGAGGAAACACAGGUUGUGGGCGAAGAUUCAGCUAAAGAAAGAUAACUCGUCCAAUCAGGUGUACAAUUACCAGCCAUGUGACCACCCCGACCAUCCGUGCGACAGCUCCUGCCCGUGUGUGAUGACCCAGAAUUUCUGUGAGAAGUUCUGCCAGUGCGAGAACGAGUGCCAGAACCGCUUCCCAGGCUGCCGGUGUAAGACUCAGUGUAACACGAAGCAGUGCCCCUGCUACCUGGCCGUGAGGGAGUGUGACCCGGAUCUGUGCAUGACCUGCGGCGCCGCGGAUCACUGGGACAGCAAAGUGGUCUCCUGCAAGAACUGCAGCAUCCAGAGGGGCCUGAAAAAGCACCUGCUGUUGGCCCCGUCGGACGUGGCCGGAUGGGGCACCUUCAUCAAAGAGCCCGUUCAGAAAAAUGAGUUCAUCUCAGAAUACUGUGGAGAGCUGAUCUCCCAGGAUGAGGCGGAUCGACGUGGGAGGAUCUAUGACAAAUACAUGUCCAGCUUCCUUUUCAACUUGAACAACGACUUUGUUGUGGAUGCCACACGAAAGGGGAACAAAAUCCGCUUCGCCAACCACUCCGUCAAUCCCAACUGCUACGCUAAAGUGGUGAUGGUGAACGGAGACCACCGCAUCGGCAUCUUCGCCAAGCGGGCGAUCCUGCAGGGAGAGGAGCUUUUCUUUGACUACAGGUAGAGUCACGGGCCCUUUUUGUGACUCUCCACCAGCUUCAAAAUACAGCCAAGCCGAUGCUCUCAAAUAUGUCGGGAUAGAGAGGGAGGUAGAGAUGACUUAGCGACACCCGCUGCCGCCUCCAGUAACCCCUUCUUUCCUCCAUAGUCGCCCACUAAUGCUUUUGUCCCUCUCUGCAGCAGCAGCACCUCUAGCUGACAAGAAACAGCCCCCUGUGCUGCACGUCCAGAAAUAGAAAGUCCCCCGCUCGCUGUUUGCAGGCGCUCGUUCCUCGGCCUCCUCCUCCAGUGAACCCCCCCCCCCCCUCUGCCCAAAGCCACCCAUCGCAUAAGCCAAGCUUCUGAAACUGAACUAUUUAAAUGGAAACGCUAUGAAUUCGCACCCCCCGUCCCCACAUCACUCAGUGUCCCCCCCCCCAGUUUUGUUACUGUACUGGCUUUAGUUUGACCGCUCAAUACGUAAAAUGCGAGCUUUAUCACCGCGCCCGAAGGCGAUCGGUGAACUGCAUGUACUGUCUCUUGGAACCAUUAAACACAGCGUUGCAGCAUUCGCUUCCGUCAGACGCCGCUCUGUGCAGUCCCUCAGUAUCGUACUGUGACGUUGACCCCUCGACCCCCGGCUGUUGAUCGGGUCUGAGAGCUCGACCUGUCCCUCGAGUAAACAUUUGCAGUGGCUCGCCUUUAUGGUCACAUAAGUAAAUGGUGCAUUUACAGCAUUGUUCAUGCGAAAGGAGAAAAAAAAAUAAUAGGCAACCAGACGAGAAACCGACUGACUGAAUGUAACCUAGACGAUGGCGGCGUUGAUCUCAUUCCUCUUCUCGCUUCACACAUCACCCUGUUCUUUUGGUACUCUGACGUCUAUAUGCACAUGAAGCAUCAUGUUUACAUGCUGGUGAAGCCUUCACACCUACUAAGGCGAAUAAUUAAUAAAUAAGCAAGUCACAGAAUAAAUGUCUUCCUUUUUAAGAAGUGCCAAACGAGGUCAUGCAGAAAGAGGCUCGACAGCAAAGGAAACAGCACAGAGAGGAAAACCUCUGCACGGCCAAAACCACAGAAAAGGCAAAUUUAGCAAUGUUUGACCAAAUAAUAUUCCCCCCACAUGUGAAUAGAAAACAUCAUUUGUUCUGUUUUUGAUUUUUUGUAAGUCCCACGUUUGUUUUUCACGUGCAAACAUUAAAGCCCACGUUGAAAGGAGAUGAGCAAAAAGGAGUUUACUGCUAUGUACAGUGUAUGCCUAUAAAAAAUAAAAGUUUAACUUUAUACAUUAAAA